AUGUCUCUUGACUUGGUUGUGAUGAUUACAAGAACUGAUGAUGACCUUCCACCAACCCAUCAAAAUAGAAUUUCCAGGGGAGGAAGAGGACAUCUCGCUGGGAAUGAGAGAUCUGUUGUUGGUUCAAUUCCUUACCCAAGGAUGUAUAGUGAAAUUGAUAGGGAGACCCAAAUUCAUCUACUUGAGCAAGAAGCAUACAGUUCAGUUCUAAGAGCCUUUAAAGCUCAAGCCGAUGCUAUUACUUGGGAGAAAGAAAGUUUGAUUACAAGGCUGAGAAAAGAACUGAGAUUGUCAAAUGAGGAGCACAAAGAACUUCCAGGUCGGGUUAAUGUUGAUGUUGUGGUACAAAGGAUAAGGUCUGAUAAAAUAGUGAAGCAAGAAAUUGUGCAGUGUUUUGGUCACUCUGAUCUCCAUAAUGAUCAUCCAUCUACAACACAAUUUAGGAAGAAACUGCCAUGGUUUCUUAGUUCUCUGCCAUCUGCAGAUUGUGCAAAAGGUGGUCAUGGAGCUUACACCAGCAGUGUUGAACUGAAAGGUUAA